CACUUAGUGCAUUUAACAUGGCUUCAAAGCCCCUGGCGGCACGCUGCUCCUACUGACCCUCCUCGUCUGAUGUUCCGCUGGUGACCCGGUCCGUCCAAGUACCCGACGAUCUGCUGGCAGGCAACACUUUCGCUAUGGCGGCGAGCAAGAGGCUACAAAGGGAACUUGAGGAAAUACUCAACUCUGAUGCCAAAAACGCCCAGAACGUUCAAGUGGAUGACACGAAUAUUUUGAACUGGCAAUGGCUCAUCGUCCCUGAAAACCCUCCGUACGACAAGGGCGCUUUUCGUAUCGACAUCCUCUUCCCUGUGGAGUAUCCGUUCAAGCCGCCGAAGAUUACGUUCAAGACCAAGAUCUACCACCCCAACAUCGACGAAAAGGGCCAAGUGUGCCUUCCCAUCAUCACCUCAGAGAACUGGAAACCGGCCACUAAGACCCACCAAGUGAUCCAGUCCCUCACAGACCUGGUGAACAACCCCCAGCCGGAGCACCCCCUCCGAGCUGACCUGGCGGAGGAAUACGUGAAGGACCGGAAGAAGUUCCUGAAGAACGCUGACGAGUUCACGAGGAAACACGGGGAGAAGCGGCCGAUAUACUAGGGGCGCAGGGACUCUUCCCCGGCAGUCUUUAUUCAGUCUCAUUCUGAAAGACUAUAAAAAACACAAAAAAUACAAAGAGCUUUGUUAUGUCUCUGGGUGGCCGUAGAUGCCAAGAACGGAUAUCCUGUCCUUGCAGAAGUUCAUUGUUGUAACGUUUGGGGAAAUGAUGUUUCGGUUUCAUUUUGCCAUAAAAGCAGGACUUUAUGGUGUUUCACGAGAGCCCUUUGUUUAGCCGUCAGCGUGUGGUUAUUUGUAACAUUCAACAGUGUUUUUAGUGUGGGCUUUUGUAACCGAUAUGUACAGAACUACGGAUAAUCUUUUUUCUGGAGUGGGCUUAAUUUAAUAGUGUUCCUCAUCGGUUUUUCUACUGAUGUCUAUUUUGGUUUUGUUGCACUUUACCUGGUAAAAGAAAAUGACAUUAAAUUACAUUUAAAUAAAUACAUUUGAAUCUUUAGGUUUGUUACUGAGAAUAAUUUUUUUA